AACGAAUCGUUUCGUCUUUAAAACGACUGUUCGGCGAUUCCGACGCCAUCCCAUCUGAGUCCCGGAGAAAUCGAUCGUAGCUCUCUGUGCCCUUCGCUUAAAAAAAUAUCGCUUCUCUCGAGAGGGGAAGGAAAGUUCAUUUCUUUUUGUCCAAUUCUUUCAACUUCUCGUUCCAAUCCCCUCAAUUCUCCGUUUCACCGAACGCACUUCGAACCCUUAAUUGCUUUUUGCGGGUCAAGUUUCGAUUCGAGCGUUUUAGGGUUUCGUAUCUGAAUCGGUCGACAAGAUAAACCCUUUUGUGGGGGUUUCCUCUAGAUUUCGAAAACAGAGGGAUAGCUUUCGUUUGGAUGGAAAUUCUCUGAAACUAAACUACAUAGUGAUAUGGAGACACAAAUUCAUCAACUUGAGCAGGAAGCAUAUACCGCUGUUUUAAGGGCUUUUAAAGCGCAGUCUGAUGCGAUUUCUUGGGAAAAAGAAAGCUUGAUAACCGAAUUGCGUAAAGAAUUGAGAGUAUCUGAUGAUGAACAUCGAGAGCUUCUCAGUAGGGUCAAUAAGGAUGAUACUAUCCAGAGGAUAAGAGAUUGGAGACAGGGAGGCGCAAGCCAAAUUACUAGACAUGCAACUAUUCAGCCUUUUGAUGUUCUUCCUAGUCCCACUUUCUCAGCUGCCCGAAAGAAACAGAAAACAUUUCCAUCUUAUAAUCCAUCAAUUGGUGCGACUGGAAAUAGGUCAUUCAAUAAUCGUCUGGUAUCCAGUGGCAUAUCAGGAAAUGAAUCUGCUGAAGCUCUGAUCGGAAGAAAAGUGUGGACAAAAUGGCCUGAAGAUAACCACUUCUAUGAAGCAAUUAUAACCCAGUACAAUGCAGAUGAGGGUCGGCAUGCUUUGGUGUAUGAUAUACACGCAGCUAAUGAAACGUGGGAAUGGGUUGAUCUCAAGGAGAUACCACCGGAAGACAUAAGAUGGGAUGGGGAGGAGAGUGGGGUAGCUUUAAACAUUGGACAUGGAAGUGCAUCCUUCCGUGGCAACAGAAGAGGCCAAAUCCAUGGUGGUAGAGGGAGAGGACCAAGAAUUCAUCAACCAAGAAGGGAACUUGUACCGCCACCAACACAACAGAAUGGUAGUGGUGGGCGGAGAACUUCCUCUGAUGAUAUUGAGUUGUUCAACACAGACUCGCUUGUGAAGGAGGUGGAGAGAGUUUUCGAUUCUACGCAUCCUGAUCCACUCGAGCUCGACAAGGCCAAGAAAAUGCUCAAGGAACAUGAACAGGCACUCAUUGCUGCCAUUGCAAGGCUUGCUGAUACUUCGGAUGGCGAAAUGGAUGGAGAUCCACCAUAUUCGCAUGAUCAUCCAAUGCCACAGGGAUGAGAGAAAAGCUGUAUGUUACUCAGGAUUCUGUGGUCAUGAAACCCAAAGGACUCUGGAUUUAAGAAGAAACAAUGUGCUCGGCUGACAAAGAGGUUGCUCAGAAGAUGGAAUAGUGAGUUUCUUCUAAAUUGGUGUCAGGAAAAUGUAUGAAAAUUAAAUUUGUUAGGGAAUGGAAAGUAGGAUUUUGGUUGUAAGCACAAGUAUUUGUUUUAGAGAGUGUAACCUGUGACUAUGAUUGACCAUGUAAAUGUUGCUGAGUUUACCUCCAAGAGAUAACUAGACCUGCCAUGACAAUGCAUACUGUAAGGUUAACGUGUAUGUAGCCUUGUUGAGAUGCAUGCUCAAAGUAUCCUUGACCAUAACAUGCAUAUUACAUUGCACAAUAAAAUCUGAAUUUGCAUAACAAAAACACUGCGUUUAGCAAAAGAAGCACCUGGUUUCUCGUAGAAAUAAGUUCCACAAAUCCUUCAAUGCGGUCAUAGCAGGCUUAAGGUGAUCAUCAACAUGCUAACGAGGAGCUAAUCAGAUGAUGCAUUCAUAGCAGAAGACAUAAGAGAAGGUAGAGAAAACACUAACCCCCUUGCAAUUUGCAGCGGAUUUCAUUCAUCUUCGAUCUAGCAUGUUUGAUUUAUUCAAUCGAAUUCUUCUAAAUCAGCUCGUUGCGAUUUCUUUGUAAUCCCUACGAGAUAACGGAUUUGAAGGUAUUAAGGUCCCAAACUACUUGACAAGAGCCGGAAACAAAUUCGACACCAGAGACCGAUGAUGAAAUAAAGCUAUAGAGAGCAGGAAAUAUGUAAAAAAUCAAACACAGAAAGCGAUGAAUCAAACAAAAUCCUAGCUCAAGAAGGAAUUUUAUAA